UAGUUGAUAUGAACUAGCUGGUGAUAAUGGCCGCCACGUUGCGGUCACGACAAAAGGAUGCCGUUAGACGAAUGUUGAGUCAGUCGUCAUCCGGGCCCCGAACUUCCUCUGCUGAUCCUCCGUCGUGGAAGGUGUUGAUAUAUGACAAAGUUGGCUUGGAUAUUAUCUCUCCACUCCUAACUGUUCCAGAACUUCACGAAUUGGGAGUCACACUGCAUUUAUUACUUGAUGCUGACAGGGACAGUGUUCCUGAUGCUCCUGCUAUCUAUUUUGUAAUGCCCACACGAGCUAAUAUUGCUAGAAUUUGUCAGGACUUUCGUAAUCAACUCUAUAAUUCAGUCUAUUUGAACUUUAUUUCUGCCGUAAGUCGAGAUCGAUUAGAGGAGUUGGCUGCUGCGUCGCUAGAAGCGAAUUGCACUGCACAAGUUAACAAAAUCUUUGACCAAUACCUCAACUUUAUUUCAUUAGAGGACGAUUUGUUUGUCUUACGAAAUCAUGAUCAAGAGGCAUUGUCGUAUUAUGCUUUGAAUAGACCGGAUGCUCGAGACACGGAUAUCACAGCGGUUAGAGAUAUCAUUGUUGACUCUCUGUUUUCCGUUUUUGUAACGUUAGGUUCAGUACCUGUUAUUCGCUGUCCGACUGGAAAUGCUGCAGAAAUGGUAGCAGAGGCAUUGGACAAGAAACUACGAGAAAACUUGCGUGAUUCAAGAAACAGUCUUUUCACUGCUGAGCCUGCAUUAGCAGGAGGACAGAUUAGUUUUCAACGACCAUUGUUGAUCAUUCUUGACCGAAACAUUGAUCUUGCCACGUGCCUUCAUCACACAUGGAUUUACCAAGCUAUGAUUCACGAUCUAUUGGAUUUUAGUCUGAACAGAGUUGUGGUGAAAGAGAAACCAAGUGAAGCUGCUACUGCUACUGCUGCUGCUGCUGCUGCACAUCAUGCAACAAAACAGAAGACGUAUGAGAUAGACACAAGUAAUAAAUUCUGGCAAGUGCACAAAUUCAGUCCAUUUCCGACUGUCGCCGAGGCUGUACAGACAGAACUUGACCAAUACAGAGCAUUGGAAGACGAAGUGAAACGACUGAAAGGAGCUUUGGGGUUGGAUGAGAAUGCAUCAGAUGUCGAUGUGAGUGGUGCUUUGUCAGACAAUACGGCAAGAUUGACGUCUGCUGUCAGCUCAUUGCCUGAACUAAUGGGGAGGAAAAAGAUGUUGGACAUGCACACGAACGUAGCUACAGCAUUACUCGAGGAAGUCAAGGUACGGAGACUCGAUUUUCUUUUUGAAAUGGAAGAGAAACUAAUGAGCAAAUCAUCUCUUGACAAGCCGCUUAUGGACAUUCUUUCUGAUCCGGCGAAUGGAAAUACCGAAGACAAACUGCGUCUGUUCCUUAUGUAUUUCAUCUUGUCAGCAGAAAUGUCCGAUGAAAGUUUAGAGCAAUACAAAACAGUCUUGCAAGAAGCCGGUGCUGAUCUGUCUUCAUUGGAUUAUCUUAAGAGAUGGAAAACUAUUUUGCAGCUUGCUGCUCCUUCAACGCGUCGCAGCACUGGCAGUUCGACAACAAGAGCAAUGAGUAUGUUUUCAAAACUCAUGACGACAGGUUCACAGUUUGUUAUGGAAGGUGUUCGCAACUUGGUCAUUGGUGAACGGCAAUUGACAGUUACACGAAUUGUUGAUGCUCUAAUGGACAUGAAGUCAUCAGCUGAAGUAGAUGGCUAUCGAUACUUUGAUCCAAAACUGGUGAGAGCUGUCAACAGCUCUUCUAUGCCACGCAAUCGUCAGCCAUUUGUAGAGGCAAUGGUAUUUAUGGUUGGUGGUGGCACUUACGUUGAAUAUCAGAACCUCGCUGAGAGCGUCAGAAAGCAGCCUGCAAAUAAGAAGAUAACGUAUGGAGCAACUGACCUACCUAAAUCGACUGACUUUCUCACUCAGCUCAGUCGGCUUGGAAAGGCAUCUGACUGGUAGAGAAAGUGAGUGAGUCAACCAUUGUCUUUCAACUGGCAGUGCCUUUGUCAGAGAUAUUUAUAGUGAAUGACACAACUAUAAGUUGUGAUGAGGAUUAUAUUCAUUUCUCUAGUGGUUGAGUUACAGAGACUUUGAAAGAGUCAAUGUAUCAAACAGCAUCUUUGUACUUGUUACGUUGCAAAGUGAAUAUGCGUAUUGUAUAUUACGGAGAUACCAGUCA